GUGGCUAGUGAUACAUGUAUUACAUAAGGAUACAGUCGAUGAUAUAGAGUACAUUAUAUACGUAUAUCCAUCACACCCAUUGUUGCUUAUCCAUUAUUCACUAAGUAUAUCAAUGUAAUUACACCCAACACAAUGUUGAAAAACAGAAUGCUUCCCAACACUAGAUCACAUAAAUAGGCAUGAGCUGGACGUGAUCCCACCGCUGCCACCAAUGUAGCAGAAGAAAGUGAAAGCUUCAACAGGGACUCUAGACAGGGCUCAUACGUGGCAAAGUGAACUCUAAUGGCCAUUACCAUGAAAGCCUAGUAUUCCUCUGGGCAGAGGCAGUAGGCCUAUAAUGCCUUGUUACAAUAGCCUAAGUACAUAACAUGAUUGACACGGUGGUAAUAAUCAUCAUGAAACGGCCUUGGAAGUGCCAUAAGUGUAAACCAACAUAAUUCAUUAUUUUACAUGAACCUGUUCAACUGCAAUGAUAUGGCUUAAUUGAUCAUAGUCCAGACUUGUUAUAGUUGCAAAUACCAUGCAGCUGCACCAGGGGAAUAUAAACCAAACAUAUUUUUCUUUGCAGGUAUUCUGUUUCCCCACAUUUAUUGAUGAAUUAAUUUCCCAUCAUGAAAAUGUAUCCCCAUCUUCAAUCAAAUACCUUUAUCGAUACCACAAAAAAACAGGCAAAUACAGCUUUUUACUCCAAUCUGGCAACCCUCAUAAAAUCUGACAUAGCACCAGUAUCCCAAAGCAUAGAAAACAUCAUUGGCAUAAAUACAAAAAACAAAAAAACAUAAUGCUACUAUUUUAUUAUAAGUAUUUCAGUGAUAACCUGGUCGAUUAACAAUAUUAGGUUGUUAACGUGUUUUAUAUAUAUAUAUAAAUACAUGUGGGACAAAAAUAAGCAGUGUGGAACACCACUGCCCCAAAUGCACUGCUCCAAUAACUUUCAAAAGAUUUUUCCUAAGUUUGCCCCCAAAAAAUGAAUUUUCCUAUGAAUGAAGUCGAAAAAUGUGUCUUUUGCUACGAAUUAAGUCACACCAUUUUUUUUGUAUUUUCACACUAAUUAUUAAGCCACACAAAAACACACAAAAUCUGCUGAAAUACUUUUUGUACAUAUUUACACUAAUUGAGUGUAAGAUUGUGUUGCAACUGAAUAUGACCAGUUAGUUUAAAUGUAAUACUAGGCCUGAAGGCUACAGGCAGCAACUGAGAACCAAGCAAAAAUGUGUUAUUUCUUUAUUUCUCUCUCUUUCAUCUAAACACCUGUGGAAUUGUUCUCCAUUGUUUGAUAUGUAACUAUAAUGUAAGUUAUAUUGCCUGCCUGAUGGUUUUAAUGUGAUUUAAGGUAUCUGUAUCUGUCAGAUUGAAGUGGAAAAUGCAAUAUAUUCUAUAUGGUGUCCUAAUGGCCCAUAUAUUAUUUUAGCUAUAGGCUAGGCUACACAUGACAUAACCAAUGGUUGCCUUGGCCUUAAGUACAUCUGAAUGACAUAAUGAUAUACUGUUAUCUGAUGAUAUAGAGGGUGCGUGCGUUCGUCUCCAUGCGUACACUUUGUUCAACUUUACGUAAAGGUCAGACCAUUCGAGGUGACGCUUCAAUGUGUCUUUAGAGCAGGUUAAAUACCAUGCACAUGGGGGAUUUUACCAUGUGAAGUGUGAUAAAAACAUUAGGCUAUCAAAUCUGCGCAUGUGUCACAUUGUUGUAUUGUUUGUGUCAACAGCGCACUGAUUUGAGUCACGCUAGACUGGCUCAUUUGGUGGAUAAGUUCCUAACCAAACAACAGUCAUAUCUUGCUUCUUAUAGGACCUACUUUGACCCUUGCUUAUCGGUGAACAAAAGGUUUAUAGGUAGCAUGUAAUCGCUUACCUGGUAACAGAAAGGCAACGCACUGGGUAAACACCGCAGCUCAAGGCAGAGAACAGUGAUAUCACUGCCUCUCCCUGACUUGCGUCUUUGCCAAGUAGUCGGGUUACGCUUUACCACACAUGGGACAGCGGGGAUCGAGACCCCAACCAGAGGCCCGAGUUCUCCUAUUGGGUCUCGACUCAGCGGGGAAAUCAACCCUUCUUUACAAACUGAAAUAUAACGAAUCGGUCAAUACCGUUCCCACCAUCGGUUUCAAUGUGGAGAUGAUAGAAGCCAAGAAGAAGAGGGAGACAGUUGCUCUGACCGUGUGGGACGUGGGCGGCCAGAAUACAAUGAGGCACUACUGGAAGAGCUUCUAUCAGGACACUGCUGGACUGGUGUUCGUGGUGGACAGCUCAGACAGGCGCCGGUUGGACGAGGCCCGGCGGGAACUAGAUCACGCCCUGAGGAGUGACUUCUUACGGGGUCUGCCUGUGGUCAUCCUCGCCAACAAGCAGGACCUUCCCGAGGCCGUAUCCGUCACGGAGAUAACGGAGCGCUUUCACCUGAGGACGAUGAGCGUUGAGCGGGACUGGUUCGUUCAGCCCUGCUCUGCCGUGACCGGUGCUGGGCUUAUAGAGGGCUUCCAAAAGGUGGCACACCUGCUCAAACUACCAUCAGAGGACAUUCAAGACAAUAUUAAAGAGACAGUGCAGUAUCUACGAUCAAAAUCAGUCACGUCAAGGGGUUUGUAAUGUUUGCAAUGAUAGGAUAUGUCAAAAGUUAUUGACAAAUGAUGAUAAUUUGUUUUUAUUGUUUACGGAUGAAGAUCACAUUUCACUAUGAUCAAUGUGUUUCUUGAAAAGGUUGUCACAGUGCAAUAGACUACAUGGAAACGAAAUAAAUCCACGAAGCUAUUCAAUUGACUUUAAAUCAGCCUAUGACAUUUUUUCCAACUAAGUUGAAUACGUUUGUAUCAGAUUAUUUCCUCUGAGAAAUAUGGUCAUAAAUAAUGUUAAGUCGCCUAUAGACCUAAUAAUUAACAUGUCAUUGUGGACUUUGGGGAGCAAUGCGUAAAAACGCACCCCAAAUGAUUCCAAUUCACUUUUCAUCUUUUAUGUAGACCUAUAACCUAAUAUAUGUCUUGUAUCUAAUAAAAUGUCUUCCCUACAUGCUA